GGGACAAUCAGCCUAAAAAAAAGUUAAUCCACUACAUUGCCCAGAAUGCCGUGCGAUAUCGAUGGCAGUUAUGUGUACUGGUCUUUCUUUUCGCGAGGGCCCUUUGUACUGACUUCUGAACACUUUGAGGAUACCUUUUAAAUAGCGUAGUUGGUUAUUGUGGUCGGCGUGUGCUAUUGGUAGAAGAGGGAUCUUUAAAGAUGGCGGUGAUUAAAUUAUAAUAUCAGAGGUGAAGGUCUAUAGUUACAUAGAUGAUGACGUUCCCAGGACACAACCCUCACCUGUUCAGGUGGAGGAGGCUCACCAGGAGGAAAACAUCUGGAGACAACAUGCAGUUGAUGAAUGUUGAUGUUGAACAGUGGAGGCAGCGAGUGGAGAAGGCCUCAGAGUUUGCUGUCUCUGAAGUCUUCCCCCAAAAGAAGCCUCAUUCAAGAGCCAACAGCCUCGCUGUAACAUUGCAAAGCUCUGACCAGCUGAGAGAUCAUGAUGAUGCGUUCAGUGAAGCUCAGGCCCUUCUUAGUGAUUGGCUGAGCAGUAAGUUGCGGCUGGAGCUGGAGAUGGACGAGGAAGAUAACAUGAUGUGCUCCACUGAGAGGAAAAGUCCUGCUGCACUGGCUAGCGCUCAACCUGCCGCUGUGAACUACACCAACUUUGACGAUUUAUACAACUGUCUGGCCGAGGAGGAGGAGCACAGCGCUGUUAACGGCUUCCUACAAGACCUGAUGGAACGAGAGGUGUUGGACUGUAGGGUCAUGGAGGAGCUGGCGCUGGAUGUCGGACAAACAAGAAAGAAGCUCAGAGACCCAAUCGUCACCAUGGAAGCACGACAGCUGCAGGUGCGGGAGAACAGGGCCCGGCGGGAGGCUGAGAGGCAGAGGCAACAGAGAGAGAGGGAGGCUCAGCGGGACGCCAGAGAGGAGGCAAAGAGGAGGGAGCGAGAGGAGGAGACAAGGAAGAAGCAGGAGGCGCGGAGACAGGAGGAGAUGGUGCAGCAGGAGAUGGUGAGACUGCGACGGCAGAUGGAGGAGAAGAGGAGCUGGGAACAGCUGGUUCGACAGAGGGAAAAGAAGAGUGUGGAGGGGCAGAGUGCAGCCAGAAGCCUCCAGUCAGCUCCUCCACUUCCCAUAAAACAGCAGCAGGAAACAGAGCGACUAUACAAAACACAGAAAAGUCAGACCAAGGUUUACAUGCAUAAUCUCAAGUGUCUUCAGAGGCAUUUUUCUGGAUGGUAUUCAGUGGUGUUGGACCGGAGGCUACGUAUGGGUAAGGCCUUGGCCCUCUAUGAUUGGAAGAGGCAGCUGAGAGCGUGGCGAGCGUGGCGGGCAGUGGUGUGGGAAAGCCAAAAGCAGCGAGAAGUGGCGAGAACAGAGCAUGAACUACGAGCCGAAAACAGGCAAUGCCAGCUGGCUGUAGAGAGUGACCGAAGGAGGUUGCUGCGGGUCUGUCUGAAUGAGUGGCAGCUAUGGUGUCGGAUGGAGAAGGACCAACGAGAGCUUUUGGCCCAGCAGCAGGAGACUCGCCGCAAGAUGGCUGCUUUGAUCAAUGCUGCGUCAACAGGCAAACUCAAGGCCCCAGAAACACCAACUUAUCAGCCAGUAAUGGCGCCACCCGAGACAUCUCACCAAACAGAGACCACAGAGAAGGAGGAGCACCACAGGUCAGGCACUUUAGCCCCAAACGCCUCUGCAGUGCAUCAGAACAAGAUCCUUGUGGGUACUGGGGCCCAACCCACUCAGCCAUGGCAGGUGACCCGACGCCACGCAGCACCAACUGCUGCUGAGCUCCAUGAUGCACGGCAGAGAGCUGAGAACGGCGGCUUCACCUGUCCAAAAAGGGCCGCGUCGCUGGAAAGCAGGUUUGAGAACAGACAUGCCGUCCAGCAGCAGAUCAUCGCACAGCAGAGGAAGCUGCUGAAGGAGCAGCAGGAGCAAAUUGCACACCUGAGGGAGGAGCAGAGCAUGAUGGGCCUGGAGCUAGAAAUGGAGAAAACCGCACAGCUCACCAAGCUAUCAGUGCUAAGAGGCUCGAGACCAAAGAGGCCCACUUCUGACCUCACAGAGCAGAGGGCAUCGAGAGUCACUGCAGAACCUGACAGUCUCUGUACACCUCAGAGGAAAGCGGUCACACGCCAGACAAGAACCCAUCCAAUCAUCACGGCCAUGGAGGCCCGCGCACACCGACGUGCAGAGCGGAGGAAGGAAAUCGAGGAGCUCAAGAGAAAAAAGGAAGAGGAAAAAGUGGCUGAGAUGAAAGCUGCUGAGGAGCAGAGGCAGAAGGAGGAGGAGGAGGAGAAACGCACAGCAGCAGAAAAGAAGAAGGAGGAGAAAAGGCGGGAAAGAGAGAGGGAAGAGGAGAAACAGAGGCAGAUGAAAAGGCAACAGGAGCUCCUGAGGCUGGCCCGUCAACACUACCACAGGAAACUGAUGCUGCAUCAAGGCCUGGCGCCAUGGAAACGUCUCAUUCAGCUCAAACAAGACAACAAGCAGCUGGCCGAGAGACACCACAAUGUUUUCCUGCUGAGGAGGUGCACACUAGGCUGGCAGCAAUCAGCAAUAGAGUCCUUGUCUGAGAAAGAAGCUUCUGCUGACCAACUGUACCAGCACUUUUUGCUUCGGAGGAGCUUAAGCUGCUGGAAAAGACUAAAGGACUGGCGGAUGAUUCAAGAGGAGAGAGCAGAGCGUCUUUAUCGCACCCGCACUCUGAGGAGGUUUAUGCUGGCACUGCUGGACCACGUGACCCAGGAGAGACUGGUGGAGUGGGACCGUCAGGAACUGGCUGAGGAGCACAGUAACAGACGGGUGCUGCGGCAAUGUUUCCUGGCCUGGAGGCAGCUUCCAUGUCUACUGCGCAAGGAAAGAGAGAAGGAGGAGCGGCGAGAGAAGCUGGGACGGAGAGUAGCUGAGGUUCUGCCUGAUUUCUGCUCCUUCUGACUGUAAAGC